AUGGCGGAUCCUUUGAGCGUUACUGCCUCGGCGCUGGCUAUCAUUACGGCCGCUGUACAAUCGGCGAAGUCGCUCUUUGAAACUGUAAAACGCUUUAAAGAUCGCGACAAAACUUUAGGUAGGCUUCAAGAUGAGCUUGGGGACCUCACCAAUAUCUUGGACGCGUUGGCCCAAGUGGCCAACACUGAAAUGUCAAUGCUGGCACUUCUUCAAGAUCCUAUAAAACGAUGCAGUCAGGUAUGCCGCGAAUUCGAACAAUCGAUGAAAACUUUCAGUGGGAAGUCAAAGACUGGCCUUCGCGAUUGGGCAAAGAUGGAAUUUAUGCGAGGUGAUAUCAAUGAAUUUAUAGACACCGUCGCAGGGUAUAAGUCAACGAUCUCAGUCGGCCUGGGCACCAUAACUAUGUCAGUCGCGAUUCUUUGCCCACCUCUGACUCUCCUGACGUUUUCCCAUUAG